AAAGCUGGCAAACACGAGUAACAUCUGUUCACUGUUUAAUAUUUACAUAUCGUGCUCGGCCUUCUGGAGGUCGCGUCGAUAGGGAAUUUAAUGGGAGUCCAUUACGCUUGAUUUAUGGUCUGAAAAUGUAAUUCAAGAUAGCGCUUUCGUUUGAAUACAAACUUCUUCUCGCUUGGAGUACGCCUGCAGCGUGUAAGACUGUGCGCAUCUGUCAUCGGACGGGCAUCAUAUAGUAGCUAUCAGCGAUAAAAUAUUUAACCUGCAAAUGAGCUCGGUCGGUGUACGGGUUAUCUGUAAAGGACACGCCGAGAAGUGAAACCACGCACGAUUUCCCGGUCGUCAAUAAAUAAAUAUCAAAAUAUAGUACACUCACGCGUAGUAUUUCCGAAUAUUUGAAUUUCAUUUCGCGACGAGGUUAUAUGCCAUAAAGAACAAUAUGUUAUUUCAUUUUCGCGGUUGUAUGAUGUACGACGGAUGCUAGAGUGUUAUCUAAUCUACGUGACUUAAACCGGCAAAGAAACGAAACAUAAAUUGAUACACGACACCAUUUACGGGACCGACACGAAAUCUCGUAACUCUCGUGAAAAUAUAAUUCGACGAUCGUGCGAUAUGUCUCUCGUGUUCUGAAAAUACGCGAGUAUUCGUGCCGGAUUCUCAUGCGCGCCAGGUUCCGUAAAAUUCUAACACGACUUUUACCAGUGUUCGCGUGUGAAACGGUGAUUUGUCAGCGGUUUCGUUCGAUAUAGAAAAAGUAAAAAGCGGAAGACAGAAAAAGAAAGAGAAAGAAAGACGCGUACCGGAAAAAUUCGAUGAAAGAAAAAAAAAGAAGAAAAAGAAAUUCGAGCGGCGCGACGCAGGAAUUGCAGGAGAGCACGUGGGCGGUGCUUGAAGUCUAGUUCUGCGCGCCUCUCGCUUCCAGUAUUCGUCUGCCCGUCCGAGGGAGCGCGAGUGUUACUCCGUUGUAGCAGUGGCGCGCGCGCGCGCGCCUUCUAGCCUUUUUUCGUAAUCCGGACGAGAGGCCGACGUUGGCGGCGCCAAGCGAGAAGAGAAGAUGAGGAGGGAGGCCGUCGACCCGUUAUAAAUGGAACUAGCAAGACAGCAUUUCUUGAAUCGUUUCUUCUGUUAUUAUUCGCAGCGUGUCGGCGCACUAGCCCGCAUGUUUGUCCGCGGCGUGACCAGAACCUGCACAUCCUCCGAUAUUAUUAUCGCCGUGGUCCAAAGGAUGCAGUCGAAUCGUGGCGACCGUGGAAAGUGAAGUUUUCGAAAGGAAAAAAGAGAAAUCGAAGGAGCGAGAAAUCGACGGACAGAAAGUGGCAUUUUUUGAUGACCAAGCGACCAGUGUGAAACUCUCGACGGGCACGAAUUAUAGUGGCGCCUUUUUAGUGAGCGCGAAAGAGAAAAAAUUUCAAAAUUCGAGAUAUGCCCGUGGCGACAUACGGUGUACAAUUCUGGAAGUUCGCAAACGGUGAUAAGUGGACAAAGUUCGAAGAUCGUGUUUUACCUGUUGUUCGGUCGAUAAUAUACGGCGAGUCUCGGUUUCGCGGUUGCACGCUCGUUUAAAUUGGCUGUCACAAUUCGAGACACUUGGUGCCGACUUGUUCGCGAGAAGAUUGCGACGGUCGAGCCAGUGAAUCACAUCUGAGAGCGACAUUUCGAAAGAUCGAUGUGUCGUCGGGUCUAAAAAGGUGGCUCUUACUCAACGCCGUUUAUCGCGCCAUUGGGGAGCGCGUGCUUGGAAUGAAUGCCGCGUUUUCAACCGCUAUGUGAAGUUGUCCCUACAGUUUGAACGUGAUUAGUGGAUGCGCUACAAGAGACCGAGUGUCACCGGUUGCUUUGCAAUGUGAGUAAAUAGAAACUUCGUGUAGAGACAGAAGAACCGAGGAACAAAUCAAACAACCACUCUUUAGAGGUUUUGUUGUCGUUUGAAUAUCGUUGACUCGAUGUGAAUGUAUUCGAAAGAAAUAUUCGCGUCACUUCUAUAAAGGUUAGUUACGAUAUUUUUGUCUGUGAACGUUUACAUUUUUCGAUAAAAUAUAUUUUUCGAGAAUCGUUUAGUGACGGGGUUCGUAUAUGUAAACGUUUAUUCGCGAUUCUUCUCUCGUGUAUGUGUGUGAUGUGAAUGGACUUUAAUACGGUCGAAACGAAAGAAACUGUAGGUCGAGUGAAAAGUAACACGAACAGUGUUAAUCGGACAGCAUAUGAUGUGCAAGCGCGGCUCGAACGACACCUAACAUCCACGUCUGAUGACAAACGUGAACAGGAUCAGGGUGGUCGUCCUCGGCGGCCCCAGAGUCGGGAAAUCAGCCGUAGUAGUGCGGUAUUUGACGAGGCGAUACAUCGGCGAGUACAGCUCAACCAGCGAUUUCCUGUACCGGCACAGCGUUACCAUCGAUAACGUUAGUACCGAGGUGGAGAUACUGGACACUUCCAGGUGCGAGGAAAAUGGUUGUCUUUACUCCCACAUACGAUGGGGCGAGGCUUUCGUGGUCGUUUACAGCGUGACGUGCAAACGAAGCUUUCAGGAAGCUCGCGGAUUGCUGAAGCAACUGGCUGACUUACGUCUGCCAUCCUACUUCACUGCUCUGUUGCUCGGCAACAAGAGAGAUCUGGAUCAUGCUCGAGAGGUAUGCGUGGACGAGGGGCAACAGUUGUCGCUGGCGCACGGAUGUCAAUUCUACGAGGUCAGCGCGGCGGAGAGUCCUGCCGGCGCGGCCCUCGCGUUCCAGGCGCUGCUGCGAGAGGCGAGGUCGGUGCAGCUGCUACGAGCGCUUCCGAUCCGCCGGAAGUUGGGCGUUCACUCGGUCUCAAGGGUACUCGGCACGAUCUUCGGCAAGAACACGACGAAAGAUCGGAAAAAGAGGCCCUCGUUGAGCAUAUGACGCCUCCUCUGCGCCCUCCUCCUCGGAGGUCGUGACGAACCCGACAGGAGAACCGACGUGGUCGUUCUCACCAGCAACGUCUACUCCAAUCGCUGACGAGGACAUCGUUAAGAAAUCGUCUGACCAACAUGAAUCAGUCACGGUGACUCAAAUUUUCCUCUCGAAGGACACGUUUAAGAAGAUGAAGAAGAGAAGAGGAAGAGUAUGUUUGGUGUUCUCUGGACGCGACACAGUUCCUGGCGUCUUGAUUCGUCUUCAAGAAUGAUCCUGAGGAACGCUGGGACGUUGCCUGGCGGACAGGUAAAAGAACGCGUCUACGGUAGAACCUCGAUUGGCGUAGAAUUACGAAGACGCAAGCGACUGAAAGUGCACAGGUGUCGAGGUUCGUGCAAUCAACGAGGUAACCGAUUGGACAGUUUACUGUACUUUUGUUAUGGCGAUCGUAACGAGACUAGGGCUACGGUUGCAGCGGAUGUACGUUUUGACGAAUUGUCGUUCUGAUCCAUGAAACGUACGCUCGUAAGUAGACCGUAGAUUCUUGUGCAAAUUUACAUUUCGCAGAGUAUCAUUCAAGAAAUAGUGGAAUUUCGCGCUUUGAAAUUUUACGUAAAUGUACGAAAGCCCGCGGUAUACUCGUAAGAACGUAGAUAUAUCCAUAUUUGAUUGUUUCGACGUAUUCGUCAGAACACGCAUCAACCUUAGCCACGGUGCAAUUAUAUCAGUUACGAUUGGAUUUCUCAUAUCGCCGCUCUUGGUCUGUUUGUUCGUAACCGAUUACGAGAUGCUAUCCUCACAAUGCGUUGCGGAAUACAACGAGCGAUGUACUUGCGCGGACGAUCGAGGUUCUACCGUGUAUCAUCUCCCAGAAGAAGCUUCGUGACGUAAAAAGGAAAGAUAAUUGUACUUUCUGAGCGGACGAAUGCGAUCAUUUUGUUGACUGUUCGUCGUUGGGUAGAGGGAGGCAGAGGGCGCAGGAGGCGCGUAUCCGAAUACCAGCUUCGUUUCACGUGCAUGGAGUUUCGGGAGUUCGAUCGAAAAACGAGAAAAUCGUCCACCGGAGAAAAUAGCUGUUUCCCUAGGGGAACUAAAUCCAGGCGUUCUUGCGUCAGAUUCUCGUGUAUUUAGAGACGUUUUCAUUUAACGUUCGAUGGAAACACUGGUGGAAAUGGACAGUGAAUCGAAGAGGAGGAGGAGGAGGACAGUGUGAGAGAUUGUGACGAGCGUGGAAAACGACGAAUCGUAAGAAAUUGAUAGCGAGUAAGGUGGUCUUUGUUCGUCGAGUGCUUCGUGUUCGUUUUCCUUUUAUUUUUCUCCCUUCUUUUCCCUUUCUACGUUCUUGUCGGUGUUGCAGUGGUCGAAUCGUAUCUCCUUCGAGAUGGAUGGAGAAUCGGCGAUACGCGCGUGCGACUGUUGUUCCUGAAGGGUUGUAGCUUUAAGCGUGACCGGGAGUCGAGGUGAUUCUCUCAUCAGGGUGCAUCGAUACCGAUUCCUGUGACUUUUGUCGAGAAUCGCGAGAAACGUCUCGCUCACUUGACAUUGUUUCGGUGUAUUUAUUUGUUUCGAAUAGUGCGAGGUAACGGAGUGUACUCGCUGCUGUUGAGUAACUGAAAAGAUGGUUAAAUCGAAUAUUUAGAUGGGAAGCUACAGGAUCGUUAGAAAUAAUUUCGACGAACGUUUUGUUGGAAAGAAAGUGAAAUAAAAUGAAGACGGAACGAAAUAUUUUCUUGGCGUUGUAUCUCGCUAGAAGAUAUUAUUUCUUAUAAAUUUAUUUAUUUUUUCUAGUUGAGCCCUGCUUCUCUCUACUUUCUUUUUCAUGCAUAUAUACAUGACAUAUGUUUUCUAUAAAUAUUGUAAUUUUGGUCAAUGAGAUAUCGAUAGAAUUAUGUAGAUUUAAUUUUAUUAAGUAUAUCGAGCGUACGGUAGAAAUUGAAAGAGAAAUAAGAUACACGGUCGAGAAAUAUUCCGUUCACUGAUUUCGUGUCUUGUACAGGCAUUGAAAUCACCAGAUUCUCUCGCCUUUGCAACGCUCUUGUAGCUUCUCGAAUAAACUCUUGAAAUUUCGCUUAAUCUUUCGUUAAUCUUGUCUCCUAACGAUGAAAAGCGAUGGUACGGGCUUAAUAAAUAUGAAGGACAUAAAACUGGUAAUUACCAAAGACAAGUUGUACGUAAUUUACCAUUUUCAAUGUGACGCACGGAUAACAUAGCCAUUAAUGAAAAUCGUAAAACGGCGGAUUAAUGUCUUCCGAUGCAAAGGUAGACGUCCAUGUAGAAUUAUGAUUUCCAAUUCUCAUACACAUUUCGAUUAUACGAAUGCAAUUAGGAAGCAACUUAGAAAAUAUUUUAUUUCCAUAGACGUACGAGUGGAAGUAAUUGGAAAAUGAAUCAGGCAAUGAACUAUGUACUGUGUAUGUACGUAUUAUGCAUUUAUUACCAACGUUAUUUCGCUCCAUGCUGAAAAGUUUCGCCAUUUCAAUAAUUCUAUUUAAUAUUUCAAUAAAUAUUUCAAUCGUCACUCUUGUCGACGUUUUUCCAAAUACCGCGAUCUCGGUUCUUCAGAAGUCUCGAAUCAAAAUUGAGUUUUCUAAAUAUUCUUCAAGUCUACGUUUCCUCGAAUAUUCCAAACUUCGACUAUUCUUCGAGUCUACAAUUUCUCGAAUAUUCCAAACCUCGACUGACAUCAACGAAACGCGUUGUUUAUUUUCUUGAGAAAUUGACUGCGAAGAUUCGCGAAUAUGAUUUUUCUACGACCCUUGAACGUUGCUCGACCAGUUUCACGAAAUAUCGAUCGAAAUAUUAAGCGAGAUUUCGAGCUUUCGAAGCGCGACAGACACCCGAUGAGAGGAUUCCGCGUUUCACGCGCCACGUUAUCGUCCUACGCGACAAGCUUCACCGAUUCUGCGCUCGUUUCUCGGUCGCGGGACCGGAAACGCGCCGUGAGCGCGGGGACUGGCGCCGCGUUCCAAACAAAACCCGAUAGUCUUUCAAAUAAUUUUUCAAAUUUCGCAGCUGUGGUCGAGCGAAGGACAUUCGAUGGCGACAACGCUGCAAAAUCUCGACUCGAUCGCGCUCUGUCUUCUAAAGAAUGUUAAUUCUAAAGAAUGGAAGAUUUGUAUCGUAUCUUGAGCGAUUAGGUCACGUGUAUGUGGAAUCGUUGAACAAUUGAGAAACGAGGAGAAGCACUCGGGAAAUUAUAAUAAAUCGUUCGAUCGUGAAUAAGAAAUUGACAGUAAAUCGACUCGUAAGUAUUUGUCUAUCUUGUCGUUUCAGAGUUUAGUUUGCCUCGCGAACGUGGUCACGCUGUUUCGCUCCUAAUUUUUCGCGAAAGAAGCUGUAGUUUUGGCGACUACCUAGUUCUUGAUCGAAUAAACGAAAGAAACGAACGUUGGAACGAAAGGAUUUCAAGGAUAUAGAGACUGUCGCCAAAGGAUUGAGAAUCAGCGAACACUUACGAACGUUGGAAGGGAAAGAACGUUGAAACUGAAAUUGCCAAUCGAUUAUUAAAGAUAAAUCUGCAUUCUUAUUUACUUUCACGGCUCUCCUGGUUUCCGACUGUCAGGAUUCCAACGCAGGGAUGUGAUACCUUUGAAUGGAAACGAGACGUGGGUCUCCGUUCUCGAGAUCGAACUUCCGGCUUCCGAGUAAUCGAUUCGACAACCUUAAUGUUCCUACUGAAAGUAGCCUAAGUGUACAUAGCGCACAUACAUUCGCCGAGCGUGAAACUCCCGAGAAGAAGCUCGAGGGUUCGAUCGAUGCAUAGAUUCGUAAGGUGAAACGAGAAUGAGAAACAUAAGAGAAUGGUCCAGCGUGACGGACUAUUACGAAGCUCUUAAGGCUAACCAUACGUCGAACUCAGAGUAAAUCUUUCGAUUACAUCGUUGUGUCAUUUCCUUGAACACUCAAAUUUGCCACACUUCUUCGCAGUUAAAAUGUUUCUCGCGUUAUCGUACUUGUAUCGUUGCGAUAGACGAGGACCGUUCUGCAUUCACGACAAAUUUAACGAUAUCAAAAUAAUACGGAGAAAUAUAUCUCUGGUGGAGGGGCAAGAGGAGUAUCAAUCAAUCAGAAUUACAUGAAACUGUCGUAAAUUGUUAGAAACUCUUUUGUAAACUUGUAAUAUUAAAACACUUGUGAUAUUGUACUUAAGAUACGACGUAAGAUGAGGUGUUAGAUUUUCGUUAUGCUACUGGAAGCUCAGGCGAAGGAAGAAAGAAGUGAAAUUGAUUUGUAUUAUUGGAACCAUAAGCGGAAGACCGCAACGUGGAAAGUAUUAACGUAUUUAGUUUACGUUUAGUAAUCUGUCGAACGAAAGACUCGCAUUGUCUCAUCGGCCCACCAGAGAUAUAAAGCACCCGAAGUAAAGUAUUAUCCGCUGCAUUCAUGUCGAUGUCGCGUGCAUAUCGUAGAAACACGCGUCGAAUCGAAUGCGAGAUACGCGCGGAUCACGCCUGUCCUUUGUCACUCUGAGUUCAAUAUGAAACUAGGUCGAAGGAAUUUAUCAUUGUGGGGCUAGUGAACGUUUUCAUUGACUAGAUGAUAAAUGAAACCGACAAUUCGUAUUCUCAUUGCGAAUUCGUGUUAUUGUUCGUUUUUCUCUCGGCGACGAAACGACCGCCAUUACAGGUUGGAGCAUUUCUUUUUUUUUUUUUUUUUUUGUAAAAAAGUAAAACUGGAAAAAAAGGAUCGUUCUUUUUUCUACGGUUAUAGCAAACGCGACUUGGAUCGUGUUUUUAAGGUUCUUAAGUGUAAGUCAUGUUGUACGUAUAGUUCUUUCAGUGCCUUUUAUAUUGUCUCCAGUGUUGGGUGUACGAGAGUUCAUUUGGCCUCGCCGAUAUACCUUCUCUCGGUCUUUUCUUUCGUUUGUUUUAUACUUUGCAACUUGAUACGAUACACGGGGCAAAUUAUACCGUAAAAAUUAUUAGACAGCUCUGCGUGUAAUUUUUUCUGUAAUUCGUUUUCUGUAUUUCUGUAAUCUCGUGGGAGGGUCGUUUGAUUCGCAGUCGAGGAUGCUCGUAAUCUUCGCUCGAUCUAUUUAUGGCGAAAGGAACUCAACGCAGAUGGAACGAUGAAUAUUUGUAAGUAAAGUUGCGUUAACGACGAAAGAGAGCGAAGAGGAAGCGUCAGCUGAGAAACAGGCGAAGAGAAAAGGUUUAUCCGCGAGCCGUGUAACCGAGGGAUGAAAGUAUGUGCUUCCAGAGCGUGCCUAAAAAAAAAAAAAAAAAAAAAAUCGAUACAUUCCAAAACGUGUGAAAUCUACGUGGUAAAUCCAUAAAACGGGCGUGAGUGUGUCAUGCGAUUUUCCGAAUUCUGGCCGAUAUCGAUCGCUGUAUUUUAAGUGCUAGUCACUUGUUAUCGUAAAUUGAGAAAGAAUAAAAUUCUUUUGUUAAA